CAAAAAUCUUGAAAAAAAGAAACGUAUUAAAAGUCACACAAAGUCAUUGGACAAGAGUGGAACAACUUUUUCGGGACAAACAAACAUUCGACCGAGGUUCGAAAAUUGAUUUCGUUAGCCUUUCGCCAGCACCAACUGGAUGGGUAAAGUUAUGAGAGUGAAUUCGUUACCGCCGCCCGCCCACAACAGCCACGCCCACUCUCGCUCAAAGCAACAAAAACAGAAACAAUUAAAGUUGAAAAAAAUCGAAAUCUAUUUUAUGUUCAACAAUCUGUGCAAGAGAAAAACUUUAACGGAGUAUAAUUUAUUGACACUAAAGCAUAUCCCUAGAAGUGAGUAAACUAAUUCAGAACAGUGACAGUGAUCGUAAUAAAUCAAUAAAACAGAAACGUAAAUAAAUCAAAUAUUAAACUAAAAUAUUUCAAAAACAUAAGAACCUUUGCUUUGGUGAGAGAGCGUGAGCUGUUGGAGGAUCAAAGGAUUUUAGGCAACAACCAGAACCAAAAAAACCUUGAAUCAAUAUGGUUGGAGUCACGGCCGAUGCCUCGAAGGCAGACCAGCUGUCCUCGGCCAAGAACCCGAUGAUCAAGUACAUGCUGAAGACCCGCGAGAACCAUGCCAGCGAGCAGGAGCAGGACUAUUCGCACGUCUUCCGCCGGAAGACCCGCUUCGAGAUGUUCCGGCUCUCGGCCAUUGCCAUGGCCAUUGAGUUUGCCUAUGCGGCGGAGACAAGCUUUGUGUCUCCCAUCCUGCUGCAGAUCGGCGUGGACCACAAGCAUAUGUCCAUGACCUGGGGCCUGUCGCCGCUGAUUGGAUUCUUUGUGUCGCCACUGCUGGGCAGCAUCAGUGAUCGCUGCAAACUUAAGUGGGGCCGCCGACGUCCUAUUAUAUCGAUUUUAUCCUUUGGAAUCCUGUGCGGCCUGAUAUUGGUUCCCUACGGCAAGGAUCUGGGACUAUUGCUGGGCGAUGCUGGCUACAGCUAUGCUGAUGCGGCUGCCUUAAAUAUAUCCUUUGCCGGAGACGGAUCAGUGGCUGCUCUGGUUUCGGAAGAAGCCACCAGUGGACCCAAGGCCUCGGACUUCAAGUUUGCGGUUAUCCUUACGAUCCUGGGCAUGGUGCUGCUGGACUUUGAUGCGGAUACCUGCCAAACCCCAGCUCGCACCUAUCUCCUGGACAUGUGUGUGCCCGAGGAGCAGCCCAAGGCCAUGACCAUGUUUGCCCUCUUCGCUGGCUUUGGAGGCACCAUCGGCUAUGCCAUCGGAGGCGUGGACUGGGAGACGACCCACAUCGGCACCUUUAUGGGAGGAAACGUUCCCACUGUCUUCACCUUGGUUACCAUUAUUUUUGUGAUAUGCUACCUAAUCACGGUGACCACUUUCCGGGAGAUCCCCUUGCCUCUAAUUGAAAAGGACGAACUGCUGCGGCCACUCUCCGAGAAGGCCAUCAAGAAGGAGCUGAAGAAAAACAACAAUGCCAUCUUUUACAUCCAAGAGACCACACAGUUGGAGCUGCAAAUGGCCAAUGAUGACCCUAAGAAGAUGGAGGCCCUGCAGGGCAGUUACCAGAAUGGGUACUCUCCGGCCCUGGAGAAGCAGAACAAGGCCCAGGAUGUGGAGACCCAGUCGGACUCAGAAAUGGAUGCUCCUGUCAGCCUGAAGGCCUAUCUUAAGAGCAUCUUCAUUAUGCCCUACUCCAUGCGGAUGCUGGCCCUGACGAAUCUCUUCUGCUGGAUGGGUCACGUCACCUACUGCCUCUACUUCACGGACUUUGUGGGCGAGGCAGUGUUCCACGGUGAUCCGACAGCAGCUCCCGGCUCGGAGGCGGCUCUCAACUACGAGGCCGGAGUCCGUUUCGGAUGCUGGGGCAUGUCCAUUUAUGCAUUUUCCUGUUCGAUAUACUCCCUCUCCGUCACCAAGUUGAUGAAGUGGUUUGGAACCAAGGCUGUCUACAUUAGUGGCAUGAUUUACUAUGGAAUUGGAAUGCUGGUUCUCGGCUUGUGGCCCACCAAGUGGGGUGUUCUAGUAUUCAGUACCUCUGCGGGAAUACUCUAUGGAACCAUCUUCACAGUGCCCUUUAUUCUAGUGGCCAACUAUCAUGCCAAAAAUUGCUUUGCUGUGAAAAAUGGUGAAACAGUGCCUUUGAAGCAGGCUCGUGGCUUGGGAACCGAUGUGGCCAUCAUCAGCAGCAUGGUGUUUAUUGCCCAGCUGAUUGUGUCCCUCUCCGUAGGACCUCUCAUCUCCUGGAUGGAAACCACCUGUGCCGUACUCUACUUGUCGACUUUCCUGUCCUUCAUGGCAGCCAUUGCCGCCCUGUUCGUCCUGUACGUCUAG